AUUCCAGACACCGCGAAAAGUUGAUUUUGUUUUCGACCGUGCACAUGAACUGAACCAACUGGCCAAACGUAAAUCAACGUAAUUUAACCACCGUUUAAUCUCUAUUAAAACCUAAAACAAUCGGAUAUAUAACAAGCGGGUCGUGAGGCAUGCUGAGGCGGGACAUGGAGACGGCCAGGCGGCUGGAGUUCCAGAGCAAGGCCCUGCAGGCGGAGAUCGACACCCUGCGCAGCCCACACACAGAGACCGAGGGCUCCGUGGCCGUAAAGUUCAAAGGCCGGAUGAAAGACGCGCUGUUGUCCCUGAGUGGGAAGCAGACCGCAGAGGAGACGAUGAGGAAGAUGAGGGCGGAGGUGGAAGAGAUGGAGGAAGAUUUGGAGCGACAGACUGAGAUGAAUGGCAUCAGUCUGACCAGCUGCACCGUGAAGACGUUACACAAGGACGACACACAAGUGGUGCAGCAGUACUCUCUGGCUGGCAGCUGUCUGGACCUGGGCUUUCAGGUGGAGUUCCAGCUUUCGGAGGCUCAGGGCAAGACCAUCACCAAACUGGACAUCGUUUUGGACACCGAUGACAUGCAAAUCAGCAGCUUCACAUCCAGAGCGGAAGAGAGAUGUGAGCUGAUCCAGUUCUUCAGAACACUCCGGAGCUUCUCUGAGGGUCGUGAGGACCGACGCAGAACCUUUCAUCACUUUCAGGAGAAGUACCCGUCUGUGGUGUCUCUUCCAGAAGGUUUGGUGUCGGAGGUCAUGACCCUGAGCCCUCCAGAGCUUCCUAGCUGUGUUCUGGCUGUUCAUUGGUCAGUGAUGGUGUCUAAAGAAGGUGAAGUCAUACCUCAGAUCCACCUCCUGCCCAGAGCUCCCAAGAAAGAGUUCCUCAUGGAUUCAGCCGGGACACUGGAGGGCGCUCCUGAGUCCUUCCACAGCCUCCUCUCCGUCCUGGGGAUCGAAGCUGCCCUGGAGAACAUCAUCCUGGCUCUCAGCCGCUAGACCCCAGCACCCCUCCACCCUCCACCCCCCCCCCCCCCC